AUGUCCGAGGAUAGUGGGAAAGGUAAUGGAGCAUUAUUCAGCUUCCUCUACCACCUCUACAAGUCUGCAAAGGCUGUCCCGGAGGGAGAACGUAACAAUAUUCAGAAGGAAUUGGUCACCUGUCACUAUUCCCCUGCAUUCAUGCAGGAAAAAUGGGACGUGGCUAAAACUAACAGUGUGUCCAACACUAAGAAUAAUUCCGUUAACACUAACGGAAUUGAUAUAGCCUCAGAAGGUUCCGACGUGACUCCUAAACACGUACCUCAACCCCAAAAGCAAGCUCCCACUGAGGAAUACAUUCAGUGGGUUUUCAAGCAAAUCUCACUUGGAAAUUGCCCCACUGGGAUCCGCCAAUUUGAGGACAAUGAAGUAUCAACAAAUUUCGUUGAACUGGUACUGACACCUAACCUGUACCGCUCAUUUAUCGAGGAGAACCCCCUCCCACAACCUACACCAACAAUCGAGCCGUACAAAGGGGAUACCAGGAAUCUGACCCCACAGAUUUUAGCUGCAUUCUUACGGAUGCAAGCUGUACCACCCACCGUUGUAGACGACAUGGCCCUAUUUGCUAUCCUCUGGCUGCAAGCAUCAGGACCGUCUUCUGACGUGCACAAUGAUCAUGAACAAACUCAACUGCAUUCCCGAUUGUUGCCCCUACUCGAAAUUCACGGUAUCCCAUCCAGAAUAGAUGAGAACCGUUAUCUCAUCAACAAAACAACUGAAUUGUUAGCAUCUGCACCAUUACAAAUCUUGGACAUCUCGGGAACUGUGAUAGUUCCUGUGGACUCGAACCCCACCCCAAUCACUACUUCCGAUACCAAGCAGGGGAUUGCGACAGCCCCCUCAAACCUCAUAUCCAAUUCAGGCAAUAACACCGACCCGGAUACAAUAAUGACUGAGGUGUCAACUGACACUUCCAACUGA